CCCAAAAAAAAAAAAGUUUAUUUAUUAAUAUUUAAUUUAAAACUAAUUUAAUAACGAAAUUCCAUCUGUAGACUUGUACCAACUAUCCUAGCGCCAACAACUUUGUCUAUUCCAAUUUCCGGCCCGCCGCCAUGUCUACGCCGACCAUUGCUUUCAACGGCCAUCUCUACCCAACCUUCGCAAUUUUUUGACCAAGGUUUUACCUUUCCUCAAUUUUUGCAACCCUUACUUCCACCAAUUUCCAUUCAAAUUAACAUGCCGCGCGUCAAUUUGAACAAAUAACAAAAGGAGAUUUCAAUUCUUUCAGCAUUUCCCAUCUUCCUCUUUCCCCUCCUGUUUUCUUAAACCCUUUUUUCAACUGCCUAGUCCGAGACGCAGCUUGAUUUCUAGAAGUUCUCCACUCUUAUAUAUCUCUGGAAGAAGAGCUUAGACAGAGCGAGGAAAUAAAGAAGAAAUGGCGCUAUGGCAGCUUCUAUCAACUGCGAGCCCUUUCCUUUUCUGCGCAAUCGCUCUCCUCAUACUCCUGCAGCAGCUCUCCUACCUCAAGAAGAAAGGCCCUCUCCCCGGCCCCACUCUCAUCGUCCCCUUUCUUGGAAGCGCUAUCUCCAUGAUCUCAAACCCGACCAGUUUCUGGGAGCAACAAGCCGCCAUGGCCAAAUCCUCAGGCCUCGGCUUCGCCGCUAAUUUCCUCGUUGGCCGCUUCAUCGUCUUCAUCAGCUCCACUGAGCUCUCCCACAAAGUCUUCUCCAACGUUCGCCCCGACGCUUUCCAUCUCAUCGGUCACCCAUUCGGUAAAAAACUCUUCGGCGAGCAAAACAUGAUUUACCUCUUCGAUCAACAACACAAAGACCUCCGCCGUAGAAUCACCCCAAAUUUCGCACCUCGGGCACUCUCCACUUACCUUCUUAUACAACAAAAAGUUAUCUUGCGGCAUUUAAAGAACUGGAUCGACCUUGCUUCUACACAAAAUGCUAUUCCUCUUCGUCUUCUCUGCCGCGACCUCAACCUGGAGACUUCCCAGACCGUAUUCGUUGGGCCGUAUCUCUCCCCCGUCGCACGCAAAAGGUUCGAUUCUGAUUACAACCUGUUCAAUCUCGGCCUCAUGUCUUUCCCCUUCGAUCUACCUGGCUUCGCUUUUCGGCGAGCUCGGCUCGCCGUCGACCGCCUCGUCAAGACGCUCUCGGGCUGCGUGAUUAUGAGCAAGGAGCGAAUGCUCGCCGGCGAGGAGCCCUGUUGCUUGGUGGAUUUCUGGAUGCAGGAGACGCUCCGGGAAUCUCCGGAAAAAGACGACCAUGAUAUCGGAGGCCAUCUCUUCGACUUUUUAUUCGCAGCACAGGAUGCCUCCACUUCCUCGCUUCUCUGGGCAAUCACUUUGCUUGAAUCGCACCCGGAAAUCCUCGCUCGCGUGCGCGAGGAAGUGACUUCCAGAUGGUCGCCGGACUCCGGCGAACUCAUCAGCGCGGAGCAGGUAAAGGAGUUGAAGUACACAGAGGCCGUGGCUCGCGAGGUAAUUCGCAUCCGGCCACCGGCCACUUUGGUGCCCCACAUCGCCGGCGAGGAGUUCCCACUGACGGAAUGGUACACGGUUCCCAAAGGCGCCAUCGUAUUUCCAUCGACAUACGAGUCGUCGUUCCAGGGUUUCCCUGAGCCGGACCGGUUCGACCCGGACCGAUUUUUAGGAGAUCGGCAGGAGGAUCGAAUAUACAAGCGUAAUUUCUUGGCUUUUGGAGCCGGGCCCCACCAGUGCGUUGGCCAGCGCUAUGCUGUUAAUCAUCUCGUUAUCUUCAUCGCGCUCUUUGUCUCUUUGCUUGAUUUUCGGAGACACCGAACGGACGGCUGUGAUGAGAUUGCUUAUGUACCUACUAUCGUCCCCAAGGAUGAUUGCACAGUUUUAUUUGUUUCAUUUAGGUGUGGGUGUGGUAGGCCGUGGGGCAAGAGCUUUUGGAAAGUCCAUUGUAGACUGUUGUGGGGCCGACAGGGUGGAAAGCGCGACACGUGGAAAUAUAUGCGGGGCGCAAGGUUGUCAUUUUUUGUUUUUUUAUGUCUUUGUAUUUUUGGAAUUAAUACUAUGUGUAAUAUGGGUCAACCAUACCAUUGCUGGCUUGGGUUUAAAGUUUAAACAUGUUGUGUAUUUUCCAUGCCAUUUUCUGAGCUGUCAGUUUUAAUUAAAUGUUUUAAUUAUUA